AUGCCACCAUUCUGCAAGAUUGCCGUCAUCCAGCUCUAUGUCAAGCCCCUCAACCCCGCCGACAACUUCGCGCGGGCUGUGAAAUUUAUCACUGAGGCUGCUGCGCAGGGCUGUCAAUUGGCUGUACUGCCUGAAUUUCAUCUGACGAAUUGGAUCCCUACUGAUCCUCGUUUUGCUUCCCUCUGCGAUGACUGGGAGACCUAUCUGCAUCGUUAUCAGGCCCUCGCUAAAGAGUGUAACAUAUGCAUCGUACCCGGAUCGAUAGUUCGACCUGCGUCUGCCUCCCCUACAGCUGCAGCAGGGACUGUUUCUGAUAAGCAGACACCGAGCCUAGAAAAUGUAACCUUCUUCAUCUCCAACACCGGUGAGAUUCUAGGCUCCUACGUGAAAAAGAAUCUCUGGGGACCCACCGAGCGAGCGUACCUUCGAUCGUCCGGCGACAGUCCACACCGGGUCAUUUCGACCCCGCUGGGCCCUGUAGGCUUGCUAGUGUGCUGGGACCUGGCCUUCCCUGAAGCCUGGAGAGAAUUGGUGUCGCAGGGAGCUAAGAUCAUCAUUGUGCCGACCCUGUGGACUCGCAGCGGCGCCUCUGAGGCAGGCCAUCGCCAGAAUCCAAGUGCACCCUCCCUGUUCCUUGACAGCACUCUGACUGCGCGAACAUUUGAGAAUACCUGCGCUGUUGUCUUUGCCAAUGCAGGCGGACCUCCGGGGAGGAAUUACUGCGGACUCUCCCAGAUCAACAUUCCAUACGCGGGUCCCCUGGUCCGUUUAGGUACUUCCACUGAAGGAAUGGGCGUGGCGACGCUCGAUUUGGCGGUUCUGGAAGAUGCGGAAGAAAACUACGCGAUACGUUCUGAUCUGACAGACCCUUCGUGGAAUUACAGGCACACUCGCCGGGUUCCAGUGGAAUCACCAAAAGGCAGGCUAUAG